UAAAUCUCGUCUUCAUCAGAGUUAAUUAAUAACCCAAAGAAUUAUUUCUCUUAAUUACAACAUCAAAAAUUGAAGGUCUCAAAAUGGCGGCCAGAAAGUUCGUCUGCACUUUGUUCUUGUUUCACUUUCUUCUUGUGGCUCUACUAGAGAUCUGUUUGGCUGGAACUCCAGUCAAGUAUCUACCAGGAUUUAAGGGACCCUUACCCUUUGAGCUUGAAACCGGGUAUAUUGGUGUUGGCCAAUCUGAGGAAGUGCAACUAUUCUACUACUUCAUAAAAUCAGAAUCACAGCCUAAAGUUGAUCCCCUUCUUCUUUGGCUAGUUGGAGGCCCUGGGGUCUCUGCUUUGUAUUCAAUUGCCUUUGAAAUAGGACCUAUUCGAUUUGAUGCUAGAGAGUAUAAUGGAAGUUUACCAACGCUUUCAUACCAUCCCUACGGAUACACAAAGGCAGCAAGUAUUAUAUUUUUAGAUUCACCAGUAGGAUCUGGAUUCUCCUAUGCAACAAAUCAGAAUGGAAAACAUUCAAAUCCUCUACUAGCCAGUGAACACAUAUACCAAUUUCUUCGGAAGUGGUUGAUUGAGAAUCCGAGUUACCAAUCAAACGAUUUCUAUGUGGGAGGCGACUCAUAUGGGGGGAUUUUUGUGCCAAUCACUACUCAAUUGAUAUCGGACGAUAUUGAGGGAGGUAUCGAGCCACGAGUUAAUCUAAAGGGUUACAUCCUCGGAAAUCCAGUGACAUUUCACGGUCAAGUUAACUAUAGGAUCCCUUUUGCACAUGGAAUGGCUCUUAUUUCUGAUGAACUCUAUGAGGCAUUUGUGAGACACUGUGGAGGAGAAUAUGAAGAUAUAGAUCCCAGAAACACAAUUUGCUUGCAGCAUGUUAAUUCUUUUAAAAAGUUGUUAAAAGGUAUAGAUGAGCACCAUAUUCUAGAACCUGUUUGUGAACCAAUAUCCUUGGAGUUGGACGACAAGUUUGAAAAGCUCAAGAAAUGUCGAUCAUUAGACACACAUUGUGAAGGGGAAUUAUAUGAUGAUAUAGCACACGACUUGCAGCAAAUUGAUACUUAUCAAAAGUUGUUAAACGGUAUAUAUGAUGAACAUCAUAUUCAAGAACCUGUUUGUGACGAGUUUGAAAAGCUCAAGAGUCCAUCUUAUCUUCCCGGGAUGAAAUGUCGAGAUGACUGGGUGAAUCUUUCUGUUUUCUGGGCCAAUGACAACAUUGUGCAACAAGCCCUUCAUGUUCGAAAGGGAACAAUAAGAGAAUGGACGAAUUGGAACCAACAAUUGGCAUUUACAAAGAGUAUCAAUAACACCAUACCUUAUCACGCAUACCUUAGCACUAAAAGUUAUAGAUCUCUUAUUUACAGUGGUGACCAUGACUUAAUCAUACCAUAUCAGUCUACUAAAUGGUGGAUAAGAUCAUUAAACUACUCAAUUGUUGAGGAGUGGAGGGCAUGGACAUAUACUGGUCAAAUUGCAGGGUAUACGGCAACUUAUUCUAACGGAAUGACAUAUGCAACAUUAAAGGGAGCAGGACAUACUGCUCCAGAGUGGAAGCCUGCUGAAUGUUUGGCUAUAUUGAAACGUUGGUUAUCUCAUGAGCCUAUUUAG